AUGAAAAUUAUAUUUUUAUUACUAUCUUUUGUAUCAAUAAUUAAAAGUAAAGAUUUGUUACUUAUACAGGCUGUUUGGAGGCAUGGUGAUAGAGCACCCUCUGGUGGUUAUCCAAAUGAUCCGUAUCCUGAAAGUUCCUGGCCCGUUCCAUGGGGUGAACUUACCCCACUUGGAAUGGAUCAACAUUUUCGACAGGGAUUAAAAAUUAAAGAAAGAUAUGUUAAUCAAUUUAGAUUAUUAAAUAGUACCUAUAAAAAGACAGAAGUUAGUGCCAGGAGUACAGAUGUUGAUAGAUGUUUAGUUUCAGCAUACUCAAGUUUAGCAGGUUUGUAUAGUGAUAGUGUCACAACAUACCCAACAAAUAAUGCAAAAUGGCCAAAAAAUUGGACACCAAUUCCUGUUCAUACAGUACCAGAUAAAGAUGAUAAUCUUUUAAAUCCAGAUUUUUCAUGUUUAAAAAUGGAAGCUGAAGAAGCUAAACUUGGAACAAAUAUAAAAUUUUUAAAAUAUGCUGCAAGUAAAGCACCAUUACUUUUAAAAGUAUCAGAAGCUUCAGGAUUAAAAAUUACUGAUAUUAAAGAUCUUAAAAAUUUAUUUGAUUCAUUAAAAAUUGAAAAAUAUCAUAAUUUUACUUUACCUUUAUGGGUAACUAAUGAUUUAUAUAAUGAGGUUGAAGAUGUUGUAAAUACAGUAUGGGAUUUAUCUAGUGGUCAAACAAGAAUUGGAAUACCAGAAAAUUCACAACUUAUAAAAUUAAAAGGUGGUAAUUUAUUAAAGACAAUGAUUGAAAAUAUGAAAAAUUCUAAAGCAGUAAUAGAAAGUAAUGGUGUAAAUGAAAAAAAAUAUAAUAUAUUUUCUGCUCAUGAUACAACAGUUGCAGCAUUUUUAAGAACACUAGGAGCUAAGUCUAGUGUUAUUGGUGAUAAUGAACCAAAUUUUGCAAGUAUUGUAAUGGUUGAAUUAUGGAAAGAUAGUAGUAAAAAUUUUUUUGUUGAAGUAUUAUAUUCUGAUGAUGCUGAAAGUCCAUUUAGAUCAAUUACAAAGUAUGUCACUGGAUGUAACAAUGCAAGUUAUUGUCCAUUAGAUACUUUUAUUUCAAGAUCAAAUAAAUAUAUCCCUGAUGACAUUAAUAAAGAAUGUCUUUAA